AUGACGUCGUAUGAGAACUCGACUGUUUACUGUGAAGGAGGCGACUACGACUGCGUCCCAGCGGGUCUGGGACGAGCUCAGACGAUGGUGUUCUUGGGUUUGGCCUUCACGGAGGUGCUGCGAGCCUACACGGUGCGUCACUUCACGGAGCCUGUGUUCGCACGGAUGUUGUCGAAUGGCUACAUGCAGUUGGCGGCGUGUAUGUCGGUGAUUUUGACGGUGCUCGUGAGCAACGUCCCUGUUAUCAUGGACGACAUCUUUGGAUUCGAGUACAUUCCGUGGUAUCAGUGGUUUGUGGUCGGAGCUGUUGCAGUCAACAACGCGUUCUGGGGUGAGAUCCUGAAGGCCUAUUUGCGACGGAAGGACCGGGCGCAGGCUCGCUGGGACCACAUGAAGAGCGGGUUCGAGGAGAUUUUGCUCGAGAUUCGGCAUGUGCGUCAUCAUGUUGAGAGGCUUGAAGCGGGUGGAGCUCAUCGUGGACUUAAGCGAGAGUAA